GGGACUGUCCCUGUCACUGUCCGCACGCUGUCCCCAGGCUGUUCCCCACGUUGUCCUUGGGCUUAUGCUAUGCUGGGACUGUCCCAGUCAGCGUCCCCAGCUUUGUCACCACGGUGUCCCCUCGCUGUCCCCGUGCCAUCCCCAGCAUUGUCCCCUCGUGUCUCCUCCCUGUCCCCUCUCCAUCCCCUCUGUCCCCUCAUUGUCCCCUCAUUGUCCCCUCUCUGUCCCCUCAUUGUCCCCUCAGUGUCCCCUCUCUGUCCCCUCCCUGUCCCCUCUCUGUCCCCUCCCUGUCCCCUCAUUGUCCCCUCAUUGUCCCCUCAUUGUCCCCUCCCUGUCCCCUCAGUGUCCCCUCCCUGUCCCCUCCCUGUCCCCUCAUUGUCCCCUCAGUGUCCCCUCCCUGUCCCCUCCCUGUCCCCAGACCGGUCCGGUCACAGAUUUGGGUUCCACCUCCGCCCUUUGCGCCACCUCCGCCCUGCUUUAAAUGUCCCCAGAUUGUCCCCAGAUUGUCCCCGAGUGCCACCAUGGCGGCGGUGCUGCUGGCGCUGCUGGCGCUGCUGGCGCUGGCGCUGCUGUCGCUGAUGUCGCGACAUCGCUCACUGGCCUCGCGCCUCCCGCCGGGUCCCCCCGCGCUGCCGCUGCUCGGGAACCUGCUGCAGGUGUCCCCGUUCCGCACGCUCCAGUCCCUGCUCAAGCUGAGCGAGCGCUACGGGCCGGUGUUCACGGUGUGGCUGGGCCCGCGGCCGGUGCUGGUGCUGCGCGGCUCCAGCGCCGUGCGCGAGGCGCUGGUUGGGAACCCCGAGGUGUUCGCGGGGCGCGGGCGGAUGCCGACCGUGGAGAGCACCUUCAGGGGCUACGGUGUAGUUUUCGCGGACGGGGAGCGCUGGCGGCAGCUCCGCCGCUUCUCCCUCACGGUGCUCCGGGAUUUCGGGAUGGGGCGCCGCAGCAUUGAGAGCCGGAUCCAGGAGGAGGCCCAGGAGCUGCUCAAGGAGUUCCAGAAAACCCAAGGGAAGCCGUUUGACCCCACGUUCCUGCUGAGCUGUGCCGUGUCCAACAUCAUCUGCUCCAUCGUGUUCGGGGAUCGAUUCCCCUACGAGGACCCCGAGUUCCUGGAGCUGCUGCAGAUGAUGAACGACAGUUUCAGGGAGAUGAGCACCACCUGGUCCCAGCUGUACGACAUGGCCGAGCCGCUGCUGCAGUGGCUGCCGGGGCCGCACCGGCGCAUCCCGCACCUCCUGGGCAGGAUGCGCAGCUUCAUCGCGCGGCGCGUGCGGGACAACGCGCGCAGCCUCGACCCCCGCAGCCCCCGCGACUUCAUCGACGCCUUCCUCAUCCAGAUGGACAAGGAGAAGGACAAUCCCAAUUCCGAGUUCACCAUGGAGAACCUGGAGCUCACCACGCUGAAUCUUUUCUUCGCGGGCACCGAGACCGUCAGCUCCACGCUGCGCUUCGGCUUCCUCUACCUCAUGAAGCACCCCCAGGUGGAAGAGAAGGUUUUCGAGGAGAUCUCCCGUGUCAUUGGGUUUGGCCGCGCUCCGGCCGUUGCUGACCGCGCGCUGAUGCCGUUCACGGACGCCACGAUCCACGAGAUCCAGCGCUGCAGCGACCUCAUCCCCAUGAACGUCCCGCACCGAGUCACCCAGGACACCAAGUUCCGGGGCUUCCACAUCCCAAAGGGCACGGACGUGUACCCCCUGCUGAGCUCGGUGCUGCACGACCCCGAAUCCUUCCGCAACCCCCACGAGUUCGACCCCAAAAACUUCCUGGAUGAGCAGGGGCGCUUCCAGCGCAACGAGGCCUUCGUGCCCUUCUCGGCAGGGAAGCGGCUGUGCCUGGGGGAGGGCCUGGCGCGCAUGGAGCUGUUCCUGUUCCUCACCUCGAUCCUGCAGCGGCUCCGGCCGCAGCCGCUGGGCCCGGCGGGGUCCGUGAGCACCAAGCCCCUGGAGAGCGGCUUCGCCAACAUCGCGCCGCGCUACGAGCUGCGCUUCGUGCCGCGAUAGAGACCCCUCCCCUAAUUACACAGAGACCCCUCCCCUAAUUAACACCCUGAGAGACCCCUCCUCUAAUUAACACCCUGAGAGACCCCCUCCUCUAAUUAACACCCUGAGAGACCCCUCCCCUAAUUAACAACAGAGACCCCCUUCUCUAAUUACAGAGACCCCUCCCCUAAUUACCCUGAGAGAGACCGCUCCUCAAAUUACACAGAGACCCCUCCCCACAUUAACCAUUCCAACAUCGCCCCGCGCUACGAGCUGUGCUUCGUGCCAAGAUGAGAGACCCCUCCUCUAAUUAACCACAGAGACCCCUCCCUACAUCACCCCCGAGACCCCUCCCCAAAUUAAAUUACCCUCGAGACUCCUCCCCAAAUUCGGGAAUUCCCCCUGAGACCCCUCCCCGGAUUACCCAGAGACCUCACCCCAAAUUAAAUUACUGUCGAGACCCUGCCUCAAAUUACCCAGAGACCCUUCCCCAAAUUCCGGAACUGCCCCAGGAUCGGGACCCAUCCCCAUCGUUGGAAGUUCCCCCCAAAAUUCCUCAAAUCCCUCCCCAAAAUGGGAACCCCCGCCCCAAGACCCCUCCUCAAAUUCAGGACCCUUCCCAAAAUUCGGGAUCCCUCCCCACAUUCCGCCUGCCCAUAGCUGGAAAAUCUCCCCAAAUCCCCCCCAAAUUCCCUCUAAAUCCCCUCCCCAAAAUCAGGAGACCCGUGGGACCCCCAAAAUUGUCCCCCCCCCCAAAACCUCAAAUCCUCCUAAAACCCCAAAUCCUCCCCAAAACCCCCACAAAUUCCCCCAUAACCCCCAAAAUUGUCCCCAAACUCCCAAAUUUUUCCCUCAAAUUUUCCCAAAAAAUCCCAAAAUUUCCUCCAAAUCCCAAAUACUCCCCCAAACCCCAAAAUUCCCUCACAAAAAUCCCAAAUUUCCCCUCCAAAAAAAACCCCAAAUCCCCCAAAUUUUCCCCCCCAAAAAAUCCCCAAAUCCCCCCCAAAUUCUCCCAAAAUUUCCCCAAAACCCCCAAAUUCCUCCCACAUCUCCCCAAAAAAAUCUAAUUUUUUUCCCUAAAUCUCCCCAAAACCGCAGCCCCCUCCCCAAAAAUCACCAAAAAAGCUGAAAACGUAAAUUUUUUAUUUCACAUUUUUCACAUUUUUCACACCUUGGGCGGGGGGAAAGCCCCAAAAUUCCCGGGAUUUUUCCCGGUAUUUUUUUUUGUGGGGGAGGGGGAGUUUCCCCAAAUUUUCCAGCCCCGCUUUCCCCCCUCAGGCAACCCCUCCCCAAAAUUCCCGCUCCUCCCCCCCCCCCCCAAAAUUAA